AUGCCUCUAGCAGAGUACUGGUCCUCGCUGGCUGCUGAGCCUUUGGUGGCAGAGGACAUCUUCGGGCGGCAGGCCAUUUACCACCGCCUUAUCACGAUAGAUGCAUUGCGUGGGCUUUUCCCAGGCCCUCAGCUGCAUGGCUGUCCCACGCGACAUUUUCUGUGGGCUUACGCUGUGCAGUUGGACUGGCAGUGGCGCAGCGGGCGCCUUGGCGAGGGGCGAGCGAUCUCCCCUGACAGUUGGUGGGGCUGCGUGAACUACACGCUCUCUGUGAUCCCUUUCCUUGCAGCUGUAGAUGCGGGGCUCCUGGAGCCAGCGCAGCUGCAGGCUCCGCCGCCGGAGUUGGGUGCCGCCACUUCGGCAUGGCUGAGGUUCUGGCAGGACCUCAAGGAAAUGGCGCAGAGCCAAGAAGGCAAACCCCUUACAGAGCGUCAGCUGGAUCAGGUGCAGAGAAAGUUGUGGUAUUGUCACACGGAGUCCAUCCAUGCAGCUCAGGACAUCUACAAAGCGGAAUUUCUUCGGAUGCCCAGGGAAGAGCGGAUGUUUGGCGGUGGCUGGGCCCGUUUUGUGGAAGUCCUUGCGGCUAUACGUUGGAGGACAGACCUUGAGGCAGUGGCCGAGCUGGGUGCGGGCUAUCUGCCACUGACCCGCCUCACGGCAGAGGCGGAUGGUAGCCAGGGUGCACUGCCGAGUGAGGUCGAGCUUUUCACGACAGGCGUGAAAACUGUGCAGCAAACCUCAACGAUCUCCGAGGGCACCUUGCGUCUCAUGGUGAAGUUCUGGACUCGCCUACCCGAAGACCGUUUCGUCCGGCUUCAACGGAACAUGCUGAAGCUGACGCCUCGAUGCGUAUCUUCAUCCCUGACGAAACUGGAGCCGCCGGAGCGAGGGGUGGAAGCCCUUCGCGAGCCACGUGCAGCAUCUCCGAUCCGCGAACGCGAAGCUUCACCGGCUGAGGUUGCCCCCGUCGAGUCCCCCAGGUGCACUGGCCCUCCUAUGCAAUUGCCGCUAUUCCUUGCAGAGGAGAUACUCCCCCCAGCAGCGCAGCUCCGGGGAGAUUUGGCACAAAGGAUUGCGGAGCUCGACCAGCUGCAGCGCUCACUGUUAGCUCGAAUCGGUGUGGAGAAGCCGGAUCCGCAGCAGGAAUCCGGCCCAAGCUUCAAGAGUCAGCGGGAGGCUGACGAGGUAGAUGAAACCGACGCGGCCCCUCACGUGGAGGAUGCUGUGGACUUUCCUCCUCUGCUGGGACAAGGUGGAUUGGGGACCAUUUGCUCCAAGGACAUCAAAAUGGUUCGCGAGCUGCCAGACGAACCAGAACCAGCGUGUGAGGAAUCCCUGGGUGCUCCAGAAGCCAACGAGAGCCCGCAGCGCACAGAGGAAGACCUGCAGGCGCGCAAGUUGAAUCGAGAGGGGCGCAGUGGCGGACGGCCUGAGCACGAGGGCCCUGGCUUGGCUGGCGCCGGGGCACCGCCACCCCGGAACAGGGCGGCGGAGGCUGCGGA